AUGAAGCUCUCACGAGGCCUGCUAUCACUCACGGCAUGCACCAGCGUAUACGCGGCCGGGCCGGUCCCGCCCCAGCACUUUAGCAGUUCUCAGGAGCUUGAAUCGUCCACUCGAUUCGAAAUACCCACACGCUAUGAAUCGGCAGUCCUCGGCCGGCGUAUCCUGGCUCUCACUCCUCUGGGGGUCUUGUCUACUGUCUUCCCAUCUGCCUCCAAGGACGAGGAAUCGAGCAACGAGAACCGUCCGGCUGGCCUAGGAGGUGUGCCGGUUGGUUUGAUGGAUUAUGUCGCAGACUGUGAAGACUCCGGCGACCCAACCAUCCUCGCCAUUAACAUAGCUACAUCUUUCAAGAAUGUUGCUGCGGGCUCCAAUAUCAGCCUGGCUCUGCAGUGGACGCCCCCGCACCCACCAGAGAAGCGCAUCAAAUCGAUCACAUCGUUCCUGCUAAGUUUUCUCGGCAAGAAGGAAGAGAGCGAGCGACAGGAUCCGGUUCCCUACUCCGCCGCCAACCUCCCACGCUUCUCACUGAUUGGUUAUCUGGAAAAGGUUCCGACAACCCCGUUCCUGUCCGGCUGCUUUGUGAAGGCGCACCCAGAUGCCAAAUAUUGGCUGCCAGGAAACCGAAUCCACGAGUCCGAGUUUGUCCGGCUGGUGGUGCAGCAGAUUUACUGGAUUGGUGGCUUCGGCGACCGAGCUUACAUCGGUUGGCUUGAUCCGGCGGACUGGAAGAACAUCACGAGAGAAGAUUGGGAGAAUGUUAAGCUUCCUGGAGAGAAGAAAGGCUGGAAAGAGUGGAGCAUUGCUGCAGAGGACUGGAAAGACUUGUAA